AUGACGAUGUGUACUUAUAAAGCACGUAUGCUUGCAUCGGAAAUGGCCAUCGAAGAUCUGAUAAUGCAAACCAAGGAGAUUAAGUACGACGUCAUCGGUCUGACCGAGACGAGACGACGUCACCCUCUCAACGCCGUAUAUGAAACUGGAGAAGAACUGUUCUUAGAAACAUGCGACAGUAGAGGUGUUGGUGGAGUUGGCGUCCUCGUCAACACGAGUACGGCAAAGAACAGCGACUCUUUCGAACAACUUACGACCCAAAACGGACGCAUGCAGAUGAGGAGAAGUGGUCCAACACCAGCUUUGACAAUCUUCGUCGCUUAUGCUCCAACAUCAAGCUGCGAAGAAGAAGUCGAAGCUUUCUAUGUGGACCUGGAGAACUUUUACCGUGAAGAUCAUGCCUUCUACAACGUCAUAAUUCGCGAUUCCAACGCCAAAGCUGGCCCAAGAAGAACGCUUAUGGAGCUUCACAUCGGGACCCACGGCCUUCAGUGGAAUGAACAGGAUAGAGGCUCUCCGAGUUCAUCAUGA